GAGGCGGGAGCUGCGCGAGACUCUGCUGUGACUGAACAAAGUGUGCGAUGGUGGCCGCGCUCCGGGUGGGAGAGCAGUGCUACGAUUCGCCUCCUUUUCGUUGCUCUUGCUAGUCGUUUCGCCAAGGCUGGUGGUACGUACGCCCGACGAGGAGACGGGUGACCGGUCGUUGUGUUUGUUUUCGUUCUCUGACUCAAAGAAGAAGAGCAACAAUAACAGCGACGGCGGCAGCGACGACGACAACGACGACACAGUCGUAUUUUGGUUUUAACCGCGCUGGGGGAACAAACCCAAACUUCGUGUCCGUUGGCCGGUCGCCGUCUUUAAAAUCUGUUUUGCUUUUAGGUAAGAGCAGAAGUUAGUUUUCCGUUUCGAGGUGUUUAACACGAAUAAACUAGGGUUUUUUUAGCUGGUGUAUUCUCUGCCCGGGAAGCGUAAAGGCCCGGUCACUGCAGCGCUGUGCAGCUUGCUUCUCUCCAAGGAGCCAGGAAGCAGACGGCCCAUGACUUCUGACCAGGACGCCAAAGUUGUAGCUGAACCACAGGUGCAGCGAGUCCAGGAAGCUAAAGAAAACGCUCAUUUGGAGUGCCCCAAGGUUUCUGAUCUUAACCCCAAUGCAAAAGUGUGGGCCAGUCAUGUGCUUAACUUGGAAGGCACUGGGGCCGCGGACGCCGAUACUGUAAAGACAUGGAAGGAGCCCCCCAGUAGAGCGGCGGACCCUCGUCCAGCAGCAGGUUUUGACAUGGGGGAGGACGGUUGCACGUGUGAAGAGCAGCUGUCACCUGAGCAGAAGGAGCCACCCCCCCAUGGUUUAACGGACACUACCGACAUUGCCCCUGUCCCAUCUGAGUGCCCGGACUCUAUUUACACAGAGUUCCAGCCGGCUAGUAAUCCAAGCAUUAUGGGUGAGAACCAUCCACACGAGGAAGGCCACCAAGAGGACCUCUUGGAGCAGCUGAAGAAGACCCUGGAGUUCUGCCUGUCUCGGCAAGUGACCCAUCACCUACCGUCCCAGGAUUUAGUUAGCAGAAUAGUCACAGACAAGCAUCAGAUUUUUAGUUUUCAGUCCGAGGUGGAUUCAAAAACCUCAGCCUGACUAGUGCCGUAUAAUAGACUAAACGAGAAGCUUGUCAUUAACUUCUGCUGCUUGUUCUAUCGGACUUGGGUGAUGAUUAGUUAGCCCUUUCUGCACUUUGACGGGGUGAUGGGUGCCCACUUCAAAGCAGGCCUGUGUAGCACAUGUGGGAGAAUGUUGGUGCCCAGAUGCCAGGGCCUGGGUAUGUAAAAGCAGCACAGUCGCACACCAACAGUCAGCGGCAGUGCUCACCUUAGCGUCGGCUACAGUCCUAGCAGUUUGCGACGCCCCUUCGCUUUCCUACCUGCGAUUGGAUAUUAAUAAACUAUAUUUUAAAAGCCAGAUAUGGAGUACAAUUUGAUUCAGGGGUUUUUAUUUUCUCCUGGAAUAGAAAUAGCUUCCAGUUUGAAACGUUCAGACACACAAAGGUGUUGUCUGGCCAGUGCUCGCAUUUCUCAAGAGCUGGAGGCUAAGUGUAGCUGCACAACAAUGCCACACUCAUCGCUUCAGUCUUUUCGGAGUCUGUGGGAGGUGUUUUGUAAAUGCAAGCUUUAUUUAAACACUGAAGAAUGUGGCAGUGGGUGUUAUGGGGAGGGCUCAGAGGGUGAUUUUUCUUUUUUGCAUUCUGCUUACGGCAGAGAGAACCUGGCCAGCGACAUGUACCUCAUCUCCCAGAUGGACAGUGACCAGUAUGUGCCAAUCAUGACUGUAGCAAAUCUGGACCAGGUCAAGAAGCUGAGCGCAGACACCGAUCUCAUCGUACAGGUUCUAAGGUCUCUGCCUCUGGUCCAAGUGGAUGAGAAAGGGGAGAGAGUUCGGCCUAACCAGAACCGCUGCAUCGUCAUCCUCAGAGAAGUCCCAGAGUCAACACCCAUGGAGGAGGUUGAGGCUCUUUUCAAGGGCGAGAACUUGCCCAAAUUCAUCAACUGUGAGUUUGCCUACAACGACAAUUGGUUCAUUACCUUCGAGUCAGAAGCUGAUGCCCAGCAGGCAUAUCGUUAUCUACGAGAAGAAGUCAAAACGUUUCAAGGGAAGCCUAUAAAGGCACGGAUAAAAGCAAAGGCAAUCGCCAUCAACACUUUUGUGCCAAAGAACGGCUACCGACCCGUGGAGGUGAACCCUUACGUCCAGCAGCGCUACACCUCCUUCUACGUGCCUACAGUCUAUGGUCCUCCCCCACACUUCCCCCUCUACAGCCUGAUGACCCCCCAGGCGUGGGCCAGCGCUCACACGCCCAGCUUCAUAGACCCCACGCUGGUGACACCGUUCCAUAAUACCGGCUUCAUCAAUGGGUUCGCGGCAUCUCAGAGCUUCAAGCCGGCUGCCUCUCCCCUGACGGUCAGGCAGUACUCUCCCAGGAACAGGGCCCACAGCAAGCCGCACUCUCGGCCAACGCUGGGGGGAAUGGACCGUGGCACGGGGCUCCUCGACAGCCCCACCGUCUUCGGCUUCCCCGGCGAGCACAUCCUAAACGGGGCGCGCGCCCCCUCUGCCCGCUCGCCAAUCCAGAGCCGCACACGGCUGCAACCAGGCUUGGGCUACCCGCGAAGGGGCAUCGGCACGGGCCGGGUGGAACCCGUCACUGCGGAGUACUCCCUAGGGCUCGGCAUGGAGCUGGCCAGGGGCAGGAAAAAUAUCUACGGUUAUAGGAAAAAGAGGGAUGACAAGUUUACAAGAACGACGACGCUGUCGCCCCCACCACCUCAGAAGCCCCCGUCUCCGAGCUUCGAGCUGGGCCUGUCCAGCUUCCCGCCCCUCCCUGGAGCCGCGGGACACCUCAAGGCUACGGAGGCGCUAGAAGGCAGGCUGUCCAACUUGGGGAUCGGCUCCACCAAGGACAAGAUUGUGAACAUCGAUGCCGGUACCAACACUGUCCCGUCUGGCAUUCCCAAAGACCCCGUCGAGACGCCGGCCUCCUGCCCCCCGCUCAGCUUCCAGGGCUCACCGCCCUCACCGCCACCACCGCCGCACUCUCCCGACAAGCUGAAGCCACAGGAGGCGAAGCAGAAGGAAACGCUGCCCCCAGUGGAGAGGCUGCCUGCCACCCUCACCACGGCAAGCAAGUCUGUCCAAGUGAAUGGAGCCGCCACUGAGCUCCGAAAGCCAAGCUACGCCGAAAUAUGCCAGAGGGCAAAAGACACUCAGACACUACAGCCCGCGAGGGAUCCCAGGCCGGACGACAAGAAGCUCCCCGACGCGGCCAGCGAGAGGGCGGAGCCCAGAUACAAGGAGGCGUGCCCCGCCAGGACGGCGCCCAACCGGCCCAGAGAUGCCAAGCGACCCGUGGGAUCACGCCCCCCCCUGCCCCCAGCAUCUCAGGGUGGAGACGGAGUCCCGACCAAGACCUCCGCCCCGCCCCCCAAACCUCUGUAAUGAUGCUGACGGCGGGGCGGGGCAGGGCGGGGGGAGGGGAUGAUUUGUGGGGACAGGAGGCGCUAUUCGAUGUGUCCCUGAGUCUCUAGGCACAGGGCUGUGAACAGACAGGCACUUUGGAAGUGUUGCAAGAGUUUGUUACUUUAAUGUUUUCCAGACCUUUUCUCUGUUCAGAGGUUAGGGGGGGAUUCAUCGCUGGGUGCUUUUUUUUUUCCCCCCUUCCCUGUGUAUGUUCCCUCCCCUUUACCAUCUCCCCUUCCUGUUCAGUCCUGGAGUUGAAAACUGGCACAUCUCGCUGUCCGGCAAAGAGACAGGCCCCAAGGCAAGCAGAGCCUAAGGAGGUUAGUGAGAUACCAGUAGCAGGCGGGCGGUGUGCUUGGGGGAGGUGGACCCUGGCUGGGCUUAGAAGGGCCCCGAUACUGCGCCAGUUAGAGGAGCUUGUCUGGUGCCUCGUACUGUUUUACUUAGUGUUUUAUGUGCAACUUUGGCAAUGUAGUAGUUCUGGCUGACUUGGGUGAAAUAAUUAUUAUUGUAAUUAUUAUUGUUGUUAUAGCUUAUCAGAUCUUUUUGCCAGCUUGAGUCCCCUCAUCCAGAUGCCAGCAGAGGUUUGGGUCACUGGUUGUCUGUGGCGUAACUGAGGGAAGCUCCACUUUGUCAUCGAACGCUGGUUGUUUUUAAAGCACCUCGGGUGUGUGUCGUCGUCCCCCCCCCAGGCUGAGAUGGUUGAUUUCCAGCAGUCCUUUGGGACUGAUGAUAUCAGGGCUCUGACUCUCGAGGAGUGGGCAUCGCUGAGCCGGCAGGUGUCCGUGAGGCCCGAAGCACACCUGAGCUCAUUGAUGCUUUUACUCUUCGCUCUUUGAUGGGUUCAUUAACAUACGGUGGCUUUCUUCAGUUGCAGAACCCUAAACUUUUAUUUUUAUUUAGAUAUGGUGCUAGUGGUAAUCUGCAGAGAUUACUCCAGUUAGUCUGGUACUGUAUUUAGAAACUUGAUCUAUGUUAACUAAAACUUUUGCACUAUUUAAUUUCCGUGGUGAUUUAAUUUCCAUUAUAAUUUCAGCAAUUUUUUUCCAGCUCAAAAAGGGAUUGACUGGUGAAAUGUUUUCAGGGGGAUUGGUGGCUUGAGGACGUCUUGACUGUAAGGUGCAUCCCAUGUGAGUUACGGUGUCCUGCGAAAGCCAUGUAUCUAACUUAUCUAUUUACCAAUUUAAGCAGCUGUUGAGUCUCAGUGCAUAGAUUUGUGACAGGAAAAAGUUGCCGAAUGGGCACAGCUCUGUUUACCAAUGGAGGUCCUGUUAUUGCCCCCUCAACCUCCAGAAGACUUACACCGGUGUUCUGCUUCCAUCUGCUGCAUUAAUGUUCCGUCACUCUGCCUCCUAAUUUCUCGCUUCCACAUCUUAGUUCUGCUGUUAAGAAUCAUUCUGAAGGCAAAUGCAAGUCUGAAGCCCUGACAUUGAGACAUUGAGAAUGACUGACUGAUACAUUCUUCAGAAUGCCGCUUGUACACGCUCAUCUUGUCGACGAGCGUGUAUCUUAUAGGUAAUUGUGGGGUUUCCCGCUCACCCCGCCCCUCUCUCCCGACUCUCACAGCUCCAUGUUUGGUGGGUCGCGUGACGAGUGCUUCUCCAUAGACGUUUGUGCUUUGCAUCACAUUGACGUCUUCCUGAAAUGAGGAAAACCGCUUUUGAAACAUGAGGAGAUUGUCCUAGAGAAUCACAAGUCAUAAUUGUCAUUGUUCAUUGCUCAUUAUUAUAUUAAUUAUUAUUACUACAACUACUAUUAUUGUGGAAUUCCUUGGGUUGCUAGAGCAUAGAAUUGAAUUAAGUCUGAAGGACUGAAAUGCACUAGGGGGGAGCAGUGUAGCUGUGAAUGUGUAUUUGUAUGGUGUUGGUCACCAUCAUACGCCACACCAUUCACAGUCUCUUACUGCUUAUUCCACUGAAUAUAUCAGCUUUUUCUUUUUAAGAUGAAACGAGAAGCGCAUCUAAGUACAUGUAAAACAUAGUUUCCAUCCAGUGUUUUGAAAACUUGAAUUUUAUUUAAACUUGAAAAACUUUGCCUUAACUUUUUUAUAUGAGAGAGCUUCUAGUUUGGUUUUCAACCCCAAACGGGUUCCUGGGGGUGACACAUGGAUGCUCCGUGAGGCUCUCGCAAGUCUUGGUCUCAAAAAAAAAAAAAGUACAAAUCUAAGCAGCAAAUUACAUUUUUGUAAUAUACAUGGAAAAAACAUAUUUGAUUUUUUUUUCUGUUUAGUUUCCAAUAUCUAUUUUCAGUUUUUGAGAAAUAAAUCCUGUAAAUGCAAGUAGUUAAUACUGUAUUAAAUAUGUGCACUUGAGUGUGUUUGCUUGUAAAUUUGUAAAUAAUCAGAAAAAUAUGAGGUACCUUAAAGUGAUUAAAAAAAUAUAUAUAUUGAUAUUGUUGAAAUAUUAAUGUUGCUCUUCAGCUGGACGUAGAUUAAAACGUAAUGUUUUUUUUUCCCCUUUCGGUUUGUUUGUUUUCGUUCUCCUAGUGGGUGGAGCCAUCUGCCUUCUCACUGUCAUGUGCCCUGAAGGUAUGAUUGUCAUUUUUAAUUGGUGUUGCCAUUCCACAUUGUCAGUUCUCAACACCCGGAUUGCAGGAGUAUCUCAGAUGUACCCCCGCUCCCCCAUCGCUGUAUCUCUGAGGAUUGUACGUUUUUUUUUUUUAUUAUUAUUAUUUUAUUUUAUUUUUUAUUACUAUUAUCUUUUUUUUUUUUGCACGAGCUGAACUUUUAUAUUUUGGACCUGGGGGGCCGUGCCAUACUGGACCUGCACUGCGAUUCGCAUCUGUACGUCACGGACUACCGGAAAGCACAUCGUUAAAGCACAGCACUCUGAGAUCUUCUCUCCUACCAUCUCCUAGCUUAAGUCCUGACAGCGCACACUGUACCAAACCUGUAACCUCAUGGGAAAGUAAAGGUAGUGAUGCUGUAAUCGUAUAACCGUGUAUCCUGGAAGGAGGCGCCACGCCCCUCAGCCUGUGGCCGCCUGGGCGGCUGCCCUGUCCCUGUGCCAUUCAUUCCUCCACUGCGGCGGCUUGGUGCACGCACACUUAAGGCUGCCAUUGUUUGGGUAUCCAUCCUAAUUCCAGCGCUGGAUCAAUGACAAGAGCAGAGCUGCUACCAGGAGCAACUGGGAUGUGAUCGUUGUGUGUGACUGGCACGUGUCAGGCUGACGUCAACUCUGCCGACCAGUUUGCCCGUCCUAAUUAGAUGUGGAUUUUUUUUUCUUUCCAUGUUUGGUGCAUGUGGGUGUGUGAGAAGGUGAACACUGAAUUCCACAUUAUCUGUGCUUACAUGCAAAAAGUCACUGACAGAGUUGGAUACAAGUAUGCAAAAAAAAUGUUUUUUUUUAUUGGCAAGAAGAUGAAAAAAUGUGGUAUUUUAUCAGAAGCAAUUUGCCUUGUAAUGAAGCUGGUCUUGCGCUGGUUUAAUGCACCUCCAGCAGUGGUCAUGUAGUCCGUGGAACGGAGGGAGUUGGGUUUUGCUUUGUGAUUGGCUUAAAGUUCGGGGGCAUGAUUGGACUACGAUUCCCAGCCUGGACACUUGCCACCGGAGCACUGGGACUUGUUCUCUCCACCUCGUUUCAGCACCAUUCGGCUCAUAAUGGACCCUUUAAGUCAGUUUUACCGCAGGUCACAGUGCCACAGACAUACCUGCUGGUCGCAACUGUUGCAGACCGUUCCAUACAGAUUGGCUUCCUGUGACCAUCCCGUCUUGCAUCGUAACAUAGUACACUAACAGCAGUGGACAAUCGACCAAUGGGAGAAGCUGCAGCGGGCUUUUUUUGUUUUUUUUUGUCCCCUCUCUACCCCUCCACAUCCACCAACUGGAAUCAAGCAUACAUGUCUUAAGUUUCUUUUGUGUUAUGAUGUAAAUUGUAUAAUUUUGGGGGGAAAAAAUGUAGCUUACUGAAAGAAAUAAAGAUUUAGGCACUGUUACCAUC